AAGAGGAGGAGGAUAGAACGCGCGCUGGAGGCGACACCUGUCAAGCCGUUACUAAACACAGUUGGUUUAUUUUAAAAGACCGAGGCGCCCUGAAGACUUGCGGGAUAAACCGAGGUGGAAAUAGAGAUUAGUCGCACCUAUUGCCGCUGCUUUGCGCUCGGGGAGAGACGCGGAGCUGUUUGAAGGAGCAGAGAGGAGAAGAGGAGUGUGUAGCGGUAACGUUAUGACAAGACGUUUUGGAGUUGAAGUAGCGAAGUUGACGUAGGUUAGAGGGGAGCUAAGUGACAGCGAGAAGCCACGGUGGAGAGGAGAAAAAAGACGGGACUUUAUCCGAGGGUGGUGCUCUCUAACACUCAGCCAGCUGUCCUGCUGAAGCAAACACCAGUGACAUCUACCUUGGGGGAUACUAGAUGGCGGUGCAUUUCUGCUAACCUGUGGAGGAACUUUUCACACUGAGCCACGUGACUGGCCAUCACAGCGCCGCUCAGAGCGUACUACGUACAGUACACACGGCCAGCGUGCUUUGCUGCCUCUGAAGAUCAUCUGUGUGAACUGAAAAGGAAGUGAUCAAAAAUUUAACAGAGGAGAGUGAGGCAGAAAGUGAGAGGGAGGAAGAAAGAAACCUCUGGACUCUUACAGCCUGUAUUUUGCACCAGGCCAACCUGUCCAUCACAGCCUCAAACGUACUCAUUACCAUCACUGAACUGUGAAAUCUAUGUUGUAAUAAUUGUUAUAAUACAGCUAAUAACCGUAAGGACUCUUUGCUGGAUUUUUCUGAGCUGCGGAAAUCCCACUUAUUCUCUCCUUGUUGCUCAUUAAUUAAAUCCACUACCUGGUUAUUGAAAGCAAGCGUAGCACAGCACUGUACUAUUUCUGCAUGACCCAGUGCUUGCAUGAGUAUCCAGGAUUGCUUUUGACUUCGAAGAAGGACCCUUGAGCCGUCAACCAUCUUCUGACUGUCUGCCCAACUGUAGCGUUUGGGUGUGGAGCGGUGGUUUCAGAAUUAGGCCUCUGGACACUCGUUGAAGAUGACUUGAGUUGGCAGGCCUAAAAGCCCCUUACCCCAGAGAGAAAGAGAGCUUGGCAGUAGGACACACACACACAACACACAAAUGUGGGUGCCGAGGCGGCUUUGAGCCAUGCUGGUGUUGCUACUCGCGGAGCCCUGGAGUACAGGCUAUCAUCAUCCCUAUCAUCAUUCACCCAAGCUGAGGAAGAUUCAACGGCCCCGAGGAGCGAGGCUACACUUGUGAACGAUUCAAAGAAGACUGGGAAACUGCGCUAACACACAGAGAUCCACAGAUACAUCCUCAAUCACACACACACAGACACACUAACACUCUUCUCUACAAAUCCUUGAUACAGGAAAAACAAAGCUGCGGCGGACGUGAAAGGCACAGAGACUGAGCAGGAGCUGUGCACCAACAUGGCAGCUGAGAGUCUUGCUGAGCUCCGUGAUUGGCUCUUUCUGCUCCUCCUGUGCCUCACCUUAUUGGCUGAGGUGCUGGAACUGGCGGCAGCGGCAAUCGCCAUGGAGACGGGCGAGGGAGAUGAGGGCAUUGUUUGUCCCUCAGUGUGCCGCUGUGAUGAGGGUUUUGUCUACUGCAACGACCGUGGCCUCAGCAUAAUUCCUCCACUACCCCUAAUGGCUGCCAUCCUUUACUUGCAGAGCAACCGGCUGAGUAACGCUGGCCUGCCUCCCUCACUGGAACGCAGCACUUCCAUACGAGUGAUUUACUUGUAUGCCAACCAGUUGGAUGAAUUCCCUAUACACCUCCCGCCUUCGUUACGGGAGCUCCAUUUGCAGGAUAAUAAUAUACGAACGUUACCGAGAUCAGCUCUGGCCAAGUUACCAUUACUAGAACGUUUGCACCUGGAUGAUAACUCUAUAUCCACAGUUAGCAUCCAGGAGCGAGCUUUUUCUGGGACUCCACGGCUUCGACUGCUGUUUCUCUCUCGGAACCACCUUUCAAGCAUCCCUGCAGGCUUGCCAGCAUCCUUGGAAGAGUUGCGUCUGGACGACAAUAGAAUCAGCACCAUCCCCACACAUGCCUUUCGGGGGCUCUCCUCCUUGCGACGCUUGGUCCUGGAUGGGAACCUGUUGGCCAACACACGCAUUGCAGACGACACCUUUUCCCGUCUCUCCAAUCUGACUGAGCUGUCACUGGUGAGGAAUGCCCUGCAGUCUCCGCCAGUCUACCUGCCGUCGGCUCACCUCGUGCGACUCCAUUUGCAAGACAACGGAAUGACUCACAUACCACGAGGGGCACUGGACGGGAUGCGGCGGCUACAGAGGCUGGACCUGUCGGGAAACAAUCUGACCACUCUCCCGAGAGGACUUCUGAAGGACACCGAGAGCCUGGAGCUGCUACUGCUGAGAGGAAACCCCUGGUACUGUGGCUGCAACCUUCGCUGGCUCCAUGCAUGGCUGCACAGCCGUGGGGCAGGGGUUACAGUCAGGGGUCUGACCUGUCAGGCGCCUGAGCCCGUAAGGGGCCAGGCCCUCAGAGAACUAACCUCCCUAAUGGAGCAAUGUGAAGGCCCCCCUGCUGGUCCCAGUACUGGAAUGGGGAUGAACCCAGCUGAAAAAGACAGAGGAGGUGACGAUGGUGUUGGAGGGGGCCAAGCAGUCGCUUCAGUCCCCCAUGGCAGCACCACCACUUCCUCUCUACUGGUCCCCACACAAGGUUCCCUCUUCACCCUGCGAGCCAAGCGGCCGGGCCUUGUUAUGCCUCUGCCUCCCGGUGAAGGGGGACAGGUAUCUGGAGAGGCCCUGGAGCUGACUGUAAAACCUCUCUCCUCGGACAGUGUACUGGUGAGUUGGCUGUGCCCACAGCCGACACCCUCCUUCCGCCUGUCGUGGCUGAGGUUGGGCAGCAGUGCAGCUCUUGGUUCUAUAACAGAGACUCUGGUACCUGGAGAGAGGAGGCAGUACCUCCUCACCCAGCUCACCCCACGCUCCCAUUACCUCAUCUGCCUGCUGCCACUACGACAGGAGUCCUCCUUUGGGGGUUCCAGCAUGGGUUCAUCUCGAAUUGGCAGCAUGGACAUGGACAAUAAAGACUCUGCCCCAGCCUGCGCUCAGAUAGAGACUGGAGAGGCUCUGGUCAGCGCAGGAGGGGAGGGGUCAGAUAAAGAGGGACAGGACUCAGAACUAACAGCCCUGCCACUGGCCGGGAUCAUAGGGGGUGCCACAGCAUUAGUAAGCCUGUUGUUAAUCUUUGGCAUCUUCUGCUGGUAUGGACAAAGAGCAGGUUACGUGUCCGGGGACUCAGGCUCGUACAGCAGGGGCCGGGGUGGGAAACAUUAUGAUGACUAUGUAGAGUCAGGCACCAAGAAAGACACUUCCAUCUUAGAGAUCAGGGCCCCUCCUGCAGGGUUUCAGAUGACAGCUAUGGCCCAUCAGCCCCUGCAGCCUAAGCUGGAGGAUGUCACCUACAUCCACACCAUUUUCCCCUCCUCUUCCUCUUCCUCCCAAGCUAACGGGACCUACCGGAGCAGCCACGGAACCGGCAGCCUCAAUGGCACCAUCCUCAGCCAAACCAGCCACCAUCACGUUACUUAUGGUACCAACCGUGGCUACAGAGAGGGUGGCAUCCCCGACAUAGAUUAUGCCUACACGUGAUGAUACAGGGACGCACUCCCUGUGCCACGAAUGCCAGGCGCCAUUUCUGUGAUGACGACCUCUCGGCCGGUGGCUGUUUUGUCCUUGGUUUCCAAAGUACCCUCUGUGCCUCUGCUGGUUCAAUUCUGAUUGGUUUGCUAAGUAGAAAAGACUGGUUUCAGCUAUCUUGAUUGGACAUUGCUAUUGAGUGACAGAAGUAACAGUCCUACUAUACUCUACUGCUGUAUACUACAUUAUACAGUAGGUCCUUCUUUCAGCGCUACUUAUAGUUAUAAAUGGUUACGUUUUCUCUUUUGGAUAUCUCAGUGUCUUUCAAACCUACUGUUCUUCUCAGCUCAUAAUAAUACACAGUAACUUAUUUGAGGUUGAUAUACUAGGCUUAGCUGAUUUAGCAGGAGAUAUAUUUAUAAUACGAGGAAAAGGCACUUGAUGUGUAUAGAGAUAGCUCUCAUAUCUUCCUACCAACUGUAAGCUCUGUGCUGUAUAGAUAAAAGGGAUGACAGAGGGAGAAAUCAAUGGUUGUUAUAACCCACAGAUGACAAUGCAUCAUGGUUGACAUGAAAAGAUGUGUUCCUAGCCCCCUCCUUUUCCUCUAGUUUACUCCCCUCCUUUUUAAUUUUUCCUCCUUUCCGCCUCUUUUUUUUUUUGGCUGAGGCUCUUUCCUUUUAUUUCUCUCGUGUCUUUUGUGGUGCCGUGAGCAGAGGACGACUUUGUUCUCGCCAAGGGAGCUGACAGCAGUGAUAACAGUUCUGACAGAGACGGGAGACACAAACCACAGCAUGGGGAGACUAAUGAGAGGGAGAGAGGGAGGGAAAGACAGAGCGAGAGAGCGUCGGUAGGGGGGGUGAUAGAUGGAUGGAUGGAUGGAUGGAUGGAUAGAACGGAAAAUAAGACAAGGAGAGAGAGAGGGGGGUGCUGUUUUGGGUAAGGGAGGCACUGAGAGAGGUGUGUGUUGGCUUAAGGCAGAGAGCGAGGACUGAAAAUGAGAGAAAAAAGGGAGAUAAGUGGGAAAAAAAGGGCGUGUGACAAAUGCAGUGGCAGGAGGUAAAAAAGCAGACAAAAGGAAAAGAAGAUGGGGGAUCGAGAAGGGUGCGGGCGGGGUGACGAAGAGGGGUGACAGCUGGAAUAAUGUGACAUCAUCAUCCAAAAAAUGGCUCAAGUUUAACCCACAGUGUAUCCAUACUGCACUCAGCAAAUACAUGACUGAUAACAGACUGCGCUCUUUCCUCAAGGACUGAUGUUUUGGAAGUUAAAGUCUCACUGAAUGACAUUUCUUGGACAGUUUCCACCUUGUGCAUCAUUUAUCUUCAUCAUAACUUCACAUGGAAAUGUCUGUAGGACAUCACAAGGAAGACAAUCAUACAGAAAGAAUCAAAAAAACGUAAAAUGAUUGCCAAGACUGCAGGACAAAUGAGUGGCUUGAAGAGAACUCCUAUCUCCCUUUCAGAAUUAAGAAAAAGUACAGCAUGUACCCAAUUUCUAUUGUGGUCUGGUCUCAUUAUUAAAUUACCUUUGCAAAUGAAGUGAAAGAAACCUAAUCAUACAUCUUAUAAUAGUAACCCAUUAUCUUCUAGAGCCUGGUUAAACCUUCUUAAUUGAAAAGAAGUUUUAACGGCUAAUAAUUUUUCAGUGGAAGUCGGAACUGCUCUGGUCUAAUUACUCUUUGUUGAAAUUCACUCAUAACAAUCUAUCUUCAAUUCAAUUUAAAAAAAAGUUGUGGUUGUGACAGUCUUUAUUGGUAUUUAAAGUUAAAAAUACAAGAGAGUAGGAGUGGGUGAUAUGGAUCAAAUCAUCUAUUAUAAUACAUGUAAUUUUAUAGUGUGAUAUUUAUGUGUUGGAACGUAGUAUUCGGGAUUUCUUGAUUGAAAACUGAUUAUAGGCUGUUUCAAGUGCGACAAAAUAAACAUUCUAAAUGGGUUCAAGUGUAUUUCCUGUUGAAAUGUUUGUUAAUGCAGCAGCUGACAGGAUGUUAACAGGGACCAAAGCUGCAACAGAACAGCAAUGAAACCAUAGAAAUAGAGUCUUCUUCUAUUUCUAUGAACGAAACAGUCCAUAGAUUAAAUUACGAGAAGUGUCAUGAUUCUAGUCUGAAUUAAAAAAUGAUUCAAAUGAGCUUUUGGGUUCAAUUAUUGAAAUCAAAGCAUCUUUUUAAAAAAGAAGUAGACAAAUUUGAAAAUGUAAAUGACAGCUAUCAGGAUAUAAAACCAACGAUCUGUUGAUCUUUACGAAUCAAGACUGGAUAGCCCAAAUGUGGUGUAGCCUUCCAUGCUGAAAAUAAACUUUAUAUCAAAAGUUAAAUUGAAUCGUGACAUUAAAAUUAAAAGUCAAAUCAAACUGUGUCAACCGAACAAAUUA